GAAAAUUAGAAGUUCCCAGUUUUGUUCAGUAUAAAGUCCUGAAACACAUUAAAUUUUUAAAUAACGUGAGAACCAGGUUGUAUUGUUGCAACUAAAAACCAAGGCCCAGCCGCGGUGAAAAACCGCCUCAGAACACAACCAAAAUUACGUUGCAUUUUCUCGUAUUGUAUUGGCGAGGGCAUGAAUUAAUGUAAAGAUAAGUGAACUGCCGCGCGCGCCAUAUGAGAUAUCCCACAUACCAUUGACUCGAAAACGGUAGUAGCAAAGUUGUACCAUUUUGCCGUAACCUUCAAGCAUGCAUGUACAAGAUUGCUUGCACUGCUGAAAGCCCUACUAUUGCAGUCGAGAAAUGGUAAAUUUUAAGGAACUCACUUGAGCGCAAAAUGUUACCUGAGUUCAAAUGGUAUUGUCUGAGUGUUAUUAAAAUGACUGCUUCUUAAUUUUUUUUCUUCGGUGGCAUUUUAUGGGAAUAUAUUGUGUAAUAAUGAUUGUUCGUCGUACAGUUUUGUCGCUGACUGCUCUUUUUGUGCUAGUCCUAACUGCCAAUGUUUACUUUGUGUAUGUAAUUGUAGAAGAAAGGUCUCCCAAUAUUGAAACAAAUAAUGAAGUUGUGGUGGGCCAUGAAGAUAGAAAUAUAGUUGCUCCAUCUGUUAUAAACAAAUUAUUAAAACCAGAACAGAAAACAGUAUACAGAAAUGCAACCCUUAGUGCAAUUCAGAAAAUCAAACACAUGCUGUUAAAACUCUCUUCCGAGUACUACAAGGUGUCUCUGUCUUACAAGCAGGUUCUCAAUCAACUUCUUGAAGAUUUAAAGCCUUCAGUUGAGAUGUCAACAGAGCUGUGGGGAACAGCUCAUAAGUGGGUAGGAGCAAGAGAGAUUGUUCCGAAACAUGCCCCGCACCUUGGCAGUGUCCUUCGAACGCUCUGUUCCACAAAGAUUAUCCGAGCUGAGAAUGCACAGCAACAAGGCACACAGCUGAAAAUGAUGCUUACAUUGCUAGGAAACCAAAAGGCAGUGUUUAAGCCCCAGUGGUAUUCACGCAAUAAAGUGAUUGGUGGCCCUGUGUAUGCAGGCAAAGACAGGCAUAAUGCUGAAGUGGCAGCAUUUCACUUGUCAGUACUUCUGGGAUUACGAAGAAGUCCCCUGACAGUGGGUCGCAAAGUGAACUUGCGUCGAGAAGUGAUGCCAGUUGCUACUAAUGACCUGCUUGAAACAUUCUACCAAGAAGGAAACAACACAUGUUUCUAUGGAGUGUGCUACUUCUGCGGUCCCAACCAGCCAGUAUGUGCGCAGAAGGAUGUAAUGGAGGGUGCCCUCAUCCUGUGGUUGCCACCAGAAUAUAAACUCAAGAAACAUCGUAGCCCAUGGCAGAGAACUUACAAACCACAGACAAUUGCGAGAUGGGAAGUGGAUAAAAAUUACUGUGAAAGAAUUAAAGCCAUGAAACUGUACAAUCCCAGCACCGGACCUCGCCUAUUGGAUCUGAUUGAUGCAGCCAUUUUUGACUUUCUUAUUGACAAUGGGGACCGUCAUCACUACGACGUGUUUGAAAAUGUGACAAACUCUAUGGUCCUGUUACUGGACAAUGGAAAGGGUUUUGGAAAUCCACACCGAGAUCAUCUGGACAUUUUAGCUCCUCUAUACCAAUGCUGCAUGAUAAGAAAAUCCACAUGGGACAGACUACAAUAUUUCUCAGGUAAUGCUUUGAGCACGUCGCUCGAGGCACUGCUCCAGCACAGCCAUAUCACACCGGUGCUGUCAUCAUUGCAUUUUAAGGCAUUAGAUCGACGUCUUCUCUUCGUGUUUGCCGCUGUUGAAGUAUGCUUUGAACAGCGUGGAAGAGAGAGAGUUCUGGUGUAUGAUGCUGUGAGGUAACGUUUGCCUCAGCAUUUUUAAUGUGAGAAAAAUCAAUCUUACUUGAAUAUAUAGGCCUACAAGAAGGUGGGAGAAUCAUUUUAUUUGCCAGCUUAGCCAUUUGUCAUGUUGUGUUUCUCGUGAUGAGAAUAGUCGGUGACCAAUUAUGAGUUCUGAAAGAAGAACUGAUGAUUCUAUUAUGAUCCAGUCUUUAACCCACUGGUAGUUGCGGACAUGUAUCCUGUGCACUGUUACUAUCUUUGUGCAAGUCAGAUGAAUUAUUUUGCCGAGGUACAGCACGUUCCUUCUAAGGGAUUUCUUCUGAAAUUUUGGUCCAUUGCUCAAGUGCUGCAGUGUGGGGCCUGUUCCUUGCAUUGGUUUCAUGACAAGUGAAACAUAAAAUGUGAGAAGGUUAGGUUUUUAUUUUGUUGAUCACAAGAAGUAGUACCCAAAGUUUUUUUGGUUGAACAGUCAAAUGUUAAGUAAGGGUACCAGAGGUGAAUCAUUCUUCCUUCAUAAAAUUAUAGGAAAAAAGGUUAUAUUUCUGGAAAAUUUUGAGUAGGGUAAAACUGGAUUUGGUGAAAGUGAAUUUUAAAUGGAAUAACAAAUUCUACAGUCUACUUUCGUUUAAAUGCUUUUACCAUUUGUAUAGGGAGGUUAAUGGAAAUGGUAAAUAAUUCAUUGAUACAUCAGCAAAAGAGUUUAAGUGAGUACAAAUUGCAUUUUAUGUAAGCUCAUUUUACAGACCAUUAAAGGGUUCAAAAAUGUUGUUCCAGUCUUGAAAUGUUUGUGCCCCCCUAAAUAAACUCAGUUUCUUAACUUUUUAAUAUGUACAGUGGUUGAAGAUUAUGUAUGUUUUGAAACCUGAAACAUCCACAUCCAAAUUCUUGAAAGGAAAUGUCACUGUGGAAAAUUUAGUUUCAGAACCAAUGCCAUAGACCAUUCAUCUUCUAUCGUCUGUUAAAAAAAAUACUGGAAUUUACAGGGAAGAUCUCUGUUUGGAUUAUGGUGUUUCAGGUUGACACUGUGUAAUUGUAUAGGUGGUUACUAUCAUUUCAGAGGAGUCACUCCAAAACAUUUCUGUGCCUAUGAGGCUAACUCAGAAGAUAUCACACUGAAUUGUAUAUAUUUGACAGAACUACAGGAGUGGUACAUAUCGGUAAAUAAGUUGCGUGUAAUUACUCAUACUGAAGAAUUAAGGGCUUAAAGCAGGACCACCAGACUCAUAAGCUUCCAUGUCAAUUUUACAGUUUAUUGUUAUGGCUCAGGCUGUAUUAUCAGGGAAGAAAAAGAUUUGAUAGUGUUUGAUAUUUAAGAUGUAAUUUUAUAAUUAAUUUUACUUAUAAUUUAUUUGCAUAAAAUUAUUGAUAUUGUGUCAAAUGUGAAAUAAUUAAUUUCACCCUGGCUAUGAUGAACUUUUAAAUGUGAUUAUAAGUCCACAAAUAAUUUGGGAGCGGUUAUUGACUUGCGGAUUUCUUUGUAAUUAUUAUUCGUCUGCUAAUCUCUGUUACUAGACCAGUGACUGAGGUCACUGUUUCUAACAGACCUAACUCAGUAGGUGUCCCUUCCCUUUCCACCCUCUAUCCGUGGUGCGAAGAUGAGAAAAAUGUGUCUUGCCAAACUCCCAGGAAUGUUCACACAUCUUGGGAAGGAAAGUGUAGACUAGGACUUUGAGCUGUGUUUCUAGUGGACACAUUUGCAGUUAGCAUUUUAUAACAUAUUUUAUACAGAAAAUUUUCUUUUGGUGUAACAUUUUUAAUUAUAUAUAAUGUUAAUCUUAUAAAUUUCAUGGAUAAAAUUGUCUUCACCCUUCAGCAUAAAGGGAUGUGUUCUACGUUCCCUUUUUUUCUGUCAGGAAGGAAGAAAAACUCUUCUUAUGUGCAAAUAUAUUUUUCUUAUUUAUCUUGUUUUUUAGAUGUAUACUAUAUUUUUUUGCGCAAGAAAGAGGUUAUAUUUUAAAAUGUGAAAAAUUUGAUUAAAUUAAUUAUUUGAAAUUACAGUAUGUUAUUGACAAAAUACCAAAAAUAUGGAAGUACAAAUUUUAUUUGAGUCAUUCUAAUUGCUUUAGAGUUAUAGAUUUAUAAAUUUGAUUGUUAUGAAAACACAUUUUUAUAGAUACCAAUAAGUGAUUCAGAUGUUUAAGCAGAGCCUGUGUUAAAAUAUUAUUCCAUUGUUUUGGAUGACAGUCCAUUUCCUCUGUUCUGUGGUUUAUAUACAUUUACAAAAUAUUUUUACUUCAGAAAUAAUCGUUUUAAUUUAAAGUGUCAAUGUGCUCUUCAAAUCUUGGAUUGUUGUGAGUAAUUGUUAAAUACAUAUCUUAAUCAUGUUACAGUCUAACUGGCCUCAUUAAUAUGAGGGUAUGUAAUAUGCCUGCAAUUUUCUGUUAUAUCUUUAUAAUGUGGCAUAAACCAAAUUAAAAAUAGAUGAAGUACUCUUGGGCUACAAAUUAAAAUUACAUCAGCUUUGGAAUGAGCAAUAAAUUUCGGUAAGUCUUGUUAUAUUCUCUGCUUAUCAGAUGAAGUUUCAGUUUGUAUACAUUGAAAUUACUCCACAUUGGAGCAAUACUACAAGGGCUUUUAUUUCAGGAAUUUCUACUGUGACAUCUUUAGUUAUAUAAACUGUCAUGACCUUUUUUAAAUUCUUUACAAUGUUUGUAAAUUAUUUUAUGUGAUCAAAUUGUUAUAGAUUUUUGUACCAUUCCUCUGAGAACUGUGUAUUUAGUUCUGUACAAAUAUUGUGUGGAGAUGUUAUAAUGAUUGAUCAUUAAAGUGUAUGAAAUUAAA